GCAGUAAUUUUGUUUUGGCUCGUUCUCCCUCGUCCGAACUCCGAUUUACAAACCGUUUGCGCUCACGAACUCCUCUCGAGACGAUAUACAACUUGUAUUUCAGCUAAUUCUUCCAAAUUUUGCUUCAUUAUUUCUGAAAAUUCGUUCAAACAACGAGCAAGUAACAAGUUCUUGAUCAUAAACUAAUAUAAGCUCAAAUAAACCAUCAAACACACAAAAUCCUCAUAACUAAACAUCAAAUAUGACACACCAAGAGGUAAAAAUGCAUGUUUAUCAGUGUUUCUCAGCAGUCCAAGGGCGUUCACACACGGCUGGCCAGAAAGGAUUCCUUCCAACAUCGGUAUUCUGAGAGAGAGAGAGGGGUACCCGAGUCUUCAAUCAUUUCGUUGAUAGUGAACAAGCCAUCGAUGAUGAUUCUGAAACAGGACAAGUUCGGCGCCUGUGUUGAUCGGGCUGCCGAAUUGGGACUCGCGCCGUCGAAGGUUGUGUUCGUUCGCGCCCUCCAAGCGUUCGGUAGAUUGUCUGAGUCGACUGUGAAGCAUAAAAUGGACGUCUACAGAAGGUGCGGUUGGUCUGAAUGUGAUCUAAAUGCUGCAUUUUUAAGGCAUCCCCUUUGCUUGAAACUUUCCCAGAAAAAGAUCAGAAGGAACAUGGAUUUUCUUGUGAAAGAGAUGAGAAUGAAGGCGAGUGAGGUCGCGCAAUGCCCCUCGGUUCUUGAUUACAACUGCGACACAAGAAUGAGGCCGAGGUGGAUGGUUGUGAGAGUUCUGAAAGCAAGAGGGUUGAUGAAGGAAUCAAGGAGCAUCACCAGCUUGUUUCAUACUAUGUCGGAGGCCAAUUUCUUCAACAGAUACAUCGCUCAUCACCACAAGGAAUUUCCCGAGCUGUUGGAUAUCUAUCGAGGCUCAAAUGUGAUAUCCAAAUCAACUUGAUUUUGCUGCUCAUCACAAAUGUUGGUUGAUUAAUUUUGGUCUUCUUUUGUCAUCUAAUUCUUCAAAUACUAGAGACUUUGGCGGUGAUUGGUGAUAAUCAAUU